AUGGCCCAGGACAUGGUGACACAAACAAGGGGGGACACGGUUUUCCCUCAGGUUUUCCCUGAGAAGCUGCCCAUUUCUCUCUGUCUGCGGGCACCCGGCACGGCCGGCCUAACGGCGACCAGCACCGGUCACCGCAGUGUUAGAAAUGAAAUGAGUCUGGAGAUUUUGCAUUCUAGUGUUAGAAACAUAGUGUCGGGUUUGGGAGCUGAAUUAUUGUACAAGCUUAGUGUUCAGGAAAUGUUAAUGCCUUUUCCCCUCCCUCAUAGAUUUAUUUCAAAAGUAGAAGAAGUACUGAAUGACUGGAAACUUAUUGGGAUUUCUUCAGGCAAACCUCUAGAAAAGGGUGUAUAUACCACAGGAGCAUGGGAAGAGAAAUCAGAUGAAAUUUCAUUUGCAGACUUCAGGUUUUCCAUUACCCAUCAUUACCUUGUACAAGAACACAGUGACAAAGAUGGGAAAGAAGAACUGGUAGAAGAUGCCCUUCCUCUGCCUAUGCAGGACUUGCUGUGCAUGAACAAUGACUUUCCUCCUAGAGCUCACUGCCUGGUAAGAUGGUAUGGCUUACGUGAAUUUGUGGUUAUUGCUCCAGCUGCAAAUAACGAUGCAGUUCUUAGUGAAUCCAAAUGUAACCUUUUGCUGAGUUCCGUUUCCAUUGCACUGGGGAACACUGGCUGUCAGGUACCACUCUUUGUGCAAAUACAUCACAAGUGGCGACGAAUGUAUGUUGGGGAGUGUCAGGGUCCGGGAGUUCGAACUGACUUUGAAAUGGUUCAUCUUCGCAAAGUGCCAAGUCAGUAUACUCACUUAUCAGGAUUACUGGAUAUCUUCAAAUCCAAGAUUGGAUGCCCUUUAACUCCACUGCCUCCAGUUAACAUGGCUAUUCGCCUCACCUAUGUGCUUCAAGACUGGCAGCAGUAUUUCUGGCCACAGCAGCCACCAGAUAUAGAUGCUCUAGUUGGGGGAGAAGUUGGAGGCCUUGAGUUUGGGAAGUUACCAUUUGGUGCCUGUGAAGAUCCCAUUAGUGAGCUUCAUUUAGCUACUACAUGGCCUUACUUAACAGAAGGUAUAAUUGUUGACAAUGAUGUUUAUUCUGAUCUGGAUCCUAUGCAAGCACCCCAGUGGUCUGUGAGAGUCAGAAAAGCAGAUAACCCUCAGUGUCUACUGGGUGACUUUCUUACUGAAUUCUUCAAGCUUUGCCGUCGGAAGGAGUCGACUGAUGAGAUACUUGGGAGGUCUGCAUUUGAAGAAGAAGGAAGAGAGGUUGCUGAUAUUACCCAUGCUUUGUCAAAGCUCACAGAGCCAGCACCAGUCCCAAUCCAUAAAUUAUCAGUCACAAACAUGGUUCACAGUGCAAAGAAAAAAAUUCGCAAGCACAGAGGUGUAGAUGAAUCACCUUUAAACAAUGAAGUUCUAAACACUAUUCUUCUGUUCUUAUUUCCUGAUGCUGCUGACAAACUCUCAGAUGGAUUUGAAAGCAGAAGUAGCACUUCAGCAGGAAACAACCCUCCUCCAGAGAACGAAGAUUAUAAUCUCUUCAGUCAGUUUAAAUCUGCUCCUUCUGAUAGCCUGACAUACAAACUAGCUUUAUGUCUUUGUAUGAUAAACUUCUACCAUGGAGGACUGAAAGGAGUGGCACAUCUUUGGCAAGAAUUUGUGUUAGAAAUGCGCUACAGGUGGGAGAACAACUACCUUAUUCCAGGAUUAGCUAAUGGCCCUCCUGAUCUGAGAUGCUGUUUACUGCAUCAGAAACUUCAGAUGUUAAAUUGUUGCAUUGAAAGAAAGAAGGCAAGAGAUGAGGGGAAAAGGGGGAGCGUGUUCGAUCGUUCACCUGGUUCUUCUGGUGAUAACCCUGAUAAGGAGAAAGAAGUUGGCAAGUCUUGGGAAUCAUGGAGUGACAGUGAAGAGGAAUUUUUUGAAUGUCUGAGUGACACAGAAGAUCUUAAAGGAAAUGGGCAGGAAAAUGGAAAGAAAGGAGGAGCAAAAGAAGGCAACAAAGAGCUUGCAAACUUAAAACCAGAAGGUCGUUUGCAUCCACAUGGAAAGCUGACGCUGCUGCAUCCAGGAGAACCUCUCUACAUUCCAAUAACACAGGAACCAGCACCUAUGACUGAAGAUUUGCUGGAAGAACAGUCUGAGGUACUGGCAAAAUUAGGGACAUCAGCAGAAGGUGCUCAUCUCCGGGCACGCAUGCAGAGUGCCUGCUUGCUCUCAGAUAUGGAGUCUUUUAAGGCAGCUAAUCCUGGCUGUUGUCUGGAGGAUUUUGUGAGGUGGUAUUCCCCUCGGGAUUACAUUGAAGAGGAGGUGGUUGAUGAAAAGGGGAACAGAGUAAUUAAGGGCGAGCUGAGCGCCCGGAUGAAGAUUCCCAGCAACAUGUGGGUAGAGGCCUGGGAGACAGCAAAACCAAUCCCAGCCCGGAGGCAGAAGAGACUCUUUGAUGACACUAGAGAGGCAGAGAAGGUGCUUCAUUACCUUGCAGUGCAGAAACCAGCUGACCUUGCACGGCAUCUCUUGCCUUGCAUCAUCCAUGCAGCUGUACUCAAGGUAAAGGAAGAAGAAGCACUAGAAGAUAUAUCUUCAGUUAAGAACAUUAUUAAGCAGAUAAUAUACCAUUCCAGUAAAGUUCUACGAUUCCCCAAUCCAGAGGACAAGAAGUUGGAAGAAAUAAUUGGUCAGAUUAUGGGUGUGGAAGCUACCAUUGCCAGGGCCAGGUCUCUGAAAGCAAAAUUUGGGGCAGAAAAAUGUGAAAAUGAGGAGGAGAAGGAUCUACAAAGAUUUGUUAACUGUCUCCUGGAGCAGCCAGAAGUGUCAGUCAUUGGUGCAGGAAGAGGACCUGCUGGCAGCAUUAUUCACAAGCUGUUUGUGAAUGCUCAGAGGCUGACUGAAUCUUCUGAUGAGGUGUCCGCGGUGCCUCCCCUUGAGGAGCAGUUGAGGAGAUCGGGUUCUUCUGAGGAGCGGAGACUCACCCCGGGGGCGGUGUCAGAUUUCCCACCGCCCACGGGUCGGGAGGUGAUCCUGCGCACCACGGUCCCCCGUCCUGCUCCUUACUCCAAGCCCUUGCCCCAGCGCAUGUACAGCGUGCUGACCAAGGAAGAUUUUCGACUUGCAGGUGCCUUUUCAGCAGAUACAACGUUCUUCUGA